AUGCUGGUAUAUUCACGAUUUGCUCUAAGAAGAGCAUACACAUCAAAAUGCAUACAUGAGAAACUAUUCCACACCAGUCGGACAUUGCUCUCAGAGGUCAAUCCAGUCUAUCCCGAUGAUUCGCAUUUGACGAAAAUUAAAAAACCCGGCAUGCUUUUCUCAGAGCCCAUAGAUCCUAACUUGAGAAUGGGAUAUAACCCACUUUAUUCGUCUCCAGUUGGUGGUCAAAUUGCAUUUACAAAAAGAUGGUCCAUUGGUCUGUCGCUGAUAGGAUCAUAUGUCGGAUACUUAGUGCAUGAUGUUACUGGAGCUUCGGAUCUCGCUGGUAUUAUUGGAGCAGCUGUCUUGAUCGCACCAUUACCAUUGGUCCAGUUCUUUGCUGGCAAUUAUGUCACGAAUAUUUACAGACUAUAUCGCAAAGACGAGCCUCAGACUUAUGAAAACCUUACCAAGGAUGAAACGAUAGUUCUGGAGAGAAUCGGUUUGUUUGGCCGUAAGACGUACGCCACUGCUGUCAAAGUUCAAGAUCUUAGACUGGUGAACAAAAGAUUCGGUUGGGUUAACUGGGAAUACAAGGAUCCUAAAACCAACUUCUCAACCAAGUUUUAUGUUGCCGAUAACAUUGGAGGAAUGAAAAUGGACCGUAUUUGGGGUAUCAUUGAGAAAAACAGUGGAGUGGAUAAUGGCCGGUCUUUCCUUAACGAACCCUAG